AUGAGCUCGAUGGCAGAGGCCAGUGAGGACUGGGAACAAGAGGAUGAGCUCGAUCUGGGUCCGCAGGAUGAAGAUUCCCAAGUUCCCGACCAUGAGCCUCUUCAAAGUCCCGGACCUUUCCUGGAUCCACUCGACGACUUCGACACAAUAGACACAAUAGAAGACCAUGCGCAAGACCAUGCAUCUGAGAAGACUGUCCAACCGGUCCGGGAUAGUCUUCCUCAAACCCCGCCAAACCGAAGCACGGAGUUCAUUGGGACCCCUGGAAGCCUGGAUGAGACCGCUUCCAUCCCCGAUGACUCUCCAUCAUUACAUGAUUCCAUAAUCUCGUCGCAGAGCAGCAGUGUAACGCUGCCUCGAGGCUCCCCGCGAGUCACACCCAGUCCUGUCCAUCGUCCGUUCGAUCUCCGCUUCCAGUCCCGUCUAUCUUCAUCUCCUCUUAGUGGAUCGCGAUCGGGCUCCCCGUUCCUGGCCCAUAUACACUCCCGACAAUCAUCGAUCACGAGUCAGGUGUCGCCAACCCCGGAAUCCGAACCAGAAUCACCUCCGAAUCCGUGGGAUGUGGUGCGAUGGACAAAGCUGCGAAAGAUUACGGGCCAGGCGUUUUCAGAGAUUGGGAGGCGCAAUUUUGGGCGACCAACUUGUUUGGCGGUGUCCACAAGCAUUGUGGUUGGCACCUCCAAGGGUAUCAUCCUUGUGUUUGAUUACCAGCAAAGCCUAAAGACCAUUAUCGGGACAGGCACAAAAGCUGUGGAAUGUGGUCCAAUAACUGCCCUCGCAUUAUCUGCAGACCAUUCCACUGUCGCAGGUGGUCAUGGAUCUGGCGAUAUCUUCACAUGGGAGAUAUCUCGCUCGGCAAGGCCUUUUCUCCAUAUCCCUCCAAUUCCAGCACACCAAUUGGAAACUCGGACAUCUGAUGGCCAUAUCUCAGGCUCGGCUGUCAUUCAUAUUGGAUUUCUAGGAACACGGCGAACUGCGGUGGUGUCCGCGGAUACGAGUGGAAUGGCAUUCUCUCAUUUGGCAACACGAGGGAUGGGAGCGGUUGCGAGAAUAGUGAAAACAACCCGAAUCCUUGGCCGAUACCCUCCGACUACUUUAGAGGAAGUAAGGCCACGGAAGCCCAGCUCAGUUUUGGCAUUUUCUCCCCUUCCGCUGGGAAAUGUAGAGCAACCAUCUGACUCAUUAGGUCUGGUUGCCAUGUUGACGCCUUAUCUCCUGGUUAUUGUAUCUACAACGCCCGUUGCACAGACACAACACAAAGCGCCGAGGCCGACGGAAGUUCCGGCUCAUAGCGCCAUGACCGGAGCUCUUGCUUGGUUCCCCGCCAUCCGACUGAAAGGAAAAGACAGCCAAACCUCCAAUACCAAGCUCGUUUAUUGUUGGUCAAAUGUUUUAACUGUGAUGGAAGUGACCGAAGCGGAAACGGACGAGCCUGUGAACCGAGACAAGCCGCCAAAUCUGGUUUUCAGCGCACGCAGCAGAUGGAAGGCGGAUGAGCCAAUCGUGGCCGUGCAAUGGCUGAGUCGCUCAGUCCUUGCAGUCUUGACCAUCACCCAGCGACUCCUCAUCAUUGAAGACUACUCCAUGCAUGUAACGGACUCGAUCGACCUUGUGAGUCGACAUAUUUACCAUGCCGAUCUAUUUUCAGCCCGGCUUCAUGCCUUGGUCGAGCAGUUGGAUGAGGAUGACACCUCCAUGCAUGGUGUAGUGGCAGAUGCAUUCUAUAUGAGCUUCCGUGCGUACAAAGGGCGUCUAUUUUUACUUGGGUAUAAUGAGGCGCUGGUCGGAAGUUUGUCGAACUGGGCUGAUCGACUUCUGGCACUUAUGGAAGCAGGUGAUUUUAUUGGUGCCAUUCGAUUGGCCACUUCCUUCUAUACGGGUGCUGCGGAGAAGUUAACAGUCGGCCUGCCCGAAGAGGAUUCCCUGAGACAACCAAUAGUCCAGGAAAAGCUGCUCGAGAUGAUUUCUGCUUCUCUCAAGUAUGCGUUCGGUCGUAAUGCCGAGGCAGAGAGUGGGAGACUGGGGAACCAGCAGCUGGAGGAGUUGGCUGAAGUAUCUAUAAAGGCUUGUAUCCACAUCGGAGAUUACGAGUUCCUCUGGGAGGAAAUAUUCACCUGGUUCGAGGAGAACGACUCAGCAGGAAUCUUCAUGGACGUUCUCGAGCCACGAAUCGUCGACGGGACGACUCGCUCACUUCCUCCGACCGCGGUCAAAGCUCUGAUCAAUCACUUUGUGGUCACCCAUUCGCCUGGUCGUCUGGAGGAAAUUAUUUGCCUCCUUGAAACCACGAAUAUGGACAUUGACCAAGUCACGACGCUAUGCAAGCAACACAAUCUUUAUGACGCGUAUAUAUACGUUUGGAACCGCUGUUUACAAGACUACAUCAGCCCUCUGGAGGAGCUUCUGCGUAUGAUCCCAUCCCAACCCGAACCUCUUGUCAAUGGAGAUUACGCCAAGGAGGUGGCCCGACAUACAAACGCAAUGAAAAUAUUUCCCUAUUUGUCAUUCGCCUUGACGAGUCGCAUCUACCCCACUGGGGACGAGAUGGAAGAAACCGAAGCCUUUCGUGCCAAAACCUCCUUGUAUCAAUAUCUUUUCUCCGGUCAACUGUCUGGCACAGUGCUAGGCGAAGCUUCCGAUGGUGACUCUUUCUCCCCACUCAGGGCUAUGUUGAAGUAUGAUGCGUCAAGCUUCAUGAGCAUGUUUAAUGAAGCGUUUGAAGAUAGCUUUUUGAACGAGCCAGAGUCGGAAGAGGCGCUCACCUCUGGCGUGUCGAUUAAUCGACAAUACCUGAUUAGCAUUUUGCUUCAAGUUAUGGAUGCAUCUUACUUUUCUCCUUCCGAUACUAUUUUCUUGGACAUGUUUGUUGCACGCAAUCUUCCCAAAUACCCACAGUAUAUUCUUCUCUCGGGCACGACGCUUCAUCAAGUUCUCCUCCGGCUGUGUCAGUAUCCGGAGCCCGACAUGGCUGAGGACUGUGAGCUGAGUGCCGAGUAUUUGUUAUCCUUCUAUCAUCCGCCAGACGUCCAGAGCCUGGUGCCGGUGUUCAAGAAAGCUCGAUUCUUCCGCAUUCUCAAAUCGACUUACCGCUCCGAGAAACAAUAUCCGGAAUGGAUUUUGGCGCACCUCGACGAUCCAAACGCUAAAGAGGCUAUUUUUACAUCCUUACAUGACUGUCUACGGUCAGGUUCUGCCCUUGGCAAGAAGCAACGCAAGGACGUUGUGGAAGUGGUGAAAGAGCAUGCUACCGAGAUCGCCGAGAUCGAUGUCAAGCAAUCAGCACAGACAAUACAAAACCUGGCUCCCGAACUACACCCUACAUUUUUACGGGCGCUGGAGCAGGAUCCACACAGCCAGUAUCAAUAUCUUUUGGUGCUCAUCGAGCCCACUGUCCAAAGCGGGGAAAGCCGAGCUCCGCCCACCGCUGAGAAUUGGAUGAUUGAACGGUACGUGCAGCUUCUCUGCAAAUACAACCCGUCCCACAUCGCGGAUUUUGUCGACGGUCUGCGCGUCGGCGAUUUCCACCUCGAUCAAUUGCUUCCGGCUAUUGAAGAGAGCGGGGCGAUUGAUGCCGCGGUGAUUCUGCUUGCACGGCAAGGCCAGCUUCGAGAGGCCUUCAGUCGCCUUAUCGCCCACCUUAGUACACUUGAGUCGGGCCUGGUUGGGAUCCUCCAGAGUAUGGGCGAGGCUCCGGACUCAUCUAGUGCGACCGAGGCCAUUGAUGACCUCCUGGAAUCGCUAAACAAGUACUCUGGCGUUGGAACGUGGCUCUGCCAAGGCCAAACCAAAAGUGCAUUGCAAUCUAGACCAAGCACCAACGGCCAGCGCGGUGUGCCUCCACUUGAACAACCACUGGCCCUUGACGAGGUUCUCUGGCUUGAUCUCAUCGAGACCGUAGUCCGGAUCGCGAGCAAUGUGUUUACAGUGAUGAGGGAGCACCACAUCGAAGAGUCGGAACAAUCCCAAUUUGUCGCUACCCCCAUGGGUGGGAACGUCGGUCCGUUGACCAUAUCCAUCCGCACUCUCGUCCAGCAGGUGUUCAGUUCCUUGCUGGCCAGCACGGUGAAAAGCAGCGGUGGAUCUGAACGGACGGAUCUGUCCUUCCUGCGGAUCCUCCGCGCAUUUCUCACUCAGGCGGCUCGCUGGUCACCCUCCCUGCUUGAGCUGCGUGCGGUGCUUGCCUCGGUCUUCUCAGCCUAUGCGUACGAGACAUCUCUCUUGUCGCUGGCAAAUGGGAUGUUGGAUCGCGACCUGUUCGUGCAUGUGGACGAAGUCACCCGCCUCCGGCAGCACGGGUGGCGUCCUCGCGGGCAGGUCUGUGAGAUUUGUCGUCGUCGGAUCUGGGGCCCCAGUGUUGGCUCGUCACACUGGACAUCCUGGCUGAAUAAACAGACGGACGACCACCAACGUCGUAUCGCGAAGCGUAUUGAAGAGAGUUAUGUCGCGGUCACGGAGCGGGGCAAAGGGAAGGCUGCAGCGGUGGGGGUGGGUCACUCGGGGGCUACCCAUGCCCCCCACCCCAAACCUGCCGACCCCGAGCAUGAGCACGAGGCUAAUGGGAACGGGGCCGAGGGACCCGCUGAGCCGAUUGUAGUAUUUUCCUGUCGACACCUUUAUCACCGACAGUGUGUUCUAGACGCUAUUCCUAUCCACGGGCCAAUCGAGAGUGCACUCCACCAUGAACGUUCCGACUGGUCUAGGGAUUUGUUCUGCCUGGCUUGUAUAUAG